GCGUUAAAAUGUCUCUUUCCGCGGUUGUUUGUGAAACCUAUUACGAUGAAAAUACAAAAACCUGGUAUGGUCCCAAACAAAAGGACUUUUACGGAACUGAUAUGACUUUGGGUGAUGCGAUUAUUUCUGUAUUACAUCAAAACCGCAAAAAGGUAUUACAAUAUGUAGACAACACUGGGGAAAAGCUGACGGGAGAGGAGUUGCUGAGAAAUGCUUUAAGCAUUUGUAAAACAUUUGUAAAAUUGGGUGCUCAGCCGAGAGAUGUUAUGGGUUUAUAUGCCUCAAAUUCUCAUUAUUUGUCAUCGAUUGUUUUGGCAGUUUGGUUAAGCGGUGCAGCUAUAAAUGCCGUUUAUGAUUUAUUUGAUCAAGCCGAAUUGGAAGUUAUUUAUAAAGUAACACGUCCUAAAUUUAUUUUCUGUGAUGUGGCCAAUUAUCAGGCAGCCGUUAAUGUUAAUGAACAUUUAAACUUAAAUGCUCGCAUUUAUGUUGUUAAUGGUGAAGUGGCAAAUCUGCCCAAUGUUAACGAUUUAUUGGGCCAUUACAGUCAUGAAGAAUUGGAAGAAUUUGUACCACCCUGCUCGAAUAUCGAUGGUGAUUAUAAUGCGGCAAUUACUUGUUCCUCUGGUACUACAGGUCCUCCUAAAGGUGUCUGCAUGUCCCAUAAGGCGAUAUUGAAUCAAAAAAUACACCACACCCUCUGUAACGACUCGGUUGCCUUCUCCUUCAGCUCACUCUAUUGGGUUUCUGGUUUAUGGACUUUGAAGGAGUCACUUUUACGUGGUUGCUUGCGUAUCGUAACGACCAAACCCUUUACACCCGAAUACUGCAUGGAUUUGGUAAAGCGUCACAGAUUACCCAUAUGUAGCAGUUCCGUGCAUAUGACUGAAGUCGCACUUUUAAAUAAACCAGAAUGGAAGGAUUGCAUGAAGUCCAUAGAUACCCUGAUCUGUGGUGGAGCAAAAGUACCUAAAGUUACCUAUGAAACUAUAAUAACUCUUUUAUAUGAUAACACAAAAAAACCUGGAUUUGUGGUGGUCUAUGGUAUGACCGAAUUAUCUGCUUUGCUCACAAAUAACUAUGUUUCAUUGGGUCGUGGUCUUAAUGGUUCCGAUGGCAAACUAUUACCCAAUAAGAUAGUACAAAUUCUAGAUAAAGAUGGCAAGGCAUUAGGCAUUAAUGAGCAUGGUGAAAUACAUAUAAAAUUCCGUUACAAUUGGUCGGGUUAUAUGAAUAACCAGUUAGCCUAUGAAAAGGUUUUCAAGGAUCAAUGGUUUGCAACGGGUGAUGUGGGCUAUUUCGAUGAACAGGGCUUUUUACAUAUUUGUGCACGCGAUCAGGAUGUCUAUAAGUCCUUUAAUAUACACAUUUAUCCUGAGAAGAUUGAAAAUGUUAUCUUAAGAAUUCCCGGUGUAAAAGAGGUCUGUGUCUUUGGUGUUCCCCAUCUGGUAUAUACCAAUGUCUCUGCCUGUGCCGUGGUACGUGCUAAAACUCCUGAGGGUGAAUUGUUAACUGAAGAUUUGAUUAAGAAGGUGGUGAGUGAGGAACUGCAAAAAUAUUAUCAUUUGUGUGGUGGUGUUUAUUUCUUUGAUACUCUACCAAAAACGGGCUCCGAUAAAAUUAAGAGAAGUCAUAUACGUGAUCUUGUUAUUAAAAAUAUGAAUAUUGAUUUUGUUUAAAAUUGUAUUAUUUUUUUCUUGAUUAUGGUACUUUUAUUUUAAAAAGUGUUAUGUAU